CAGGAAAGGACAUUGUGGCUGCCGAGGAUGUGGCGACGAUUGCUGCACGCGCGAGGAUGGAGUGACGAUGGAAGCAUCGUGGAUGAACAUGUCUCUGAACAGACGCCUCGGAGCAUGGCAGUUCAGCGUCAUCGUAUUCUCAGCCGGGAAGCUCACCUGUGGACGUUGUUCAAGUCAUGGCGAUUCAGUGUUGUGCGGAAGAAAGACAAGCGCGAUCACCAUCGCAUGUCGGAAAAAGAGCGGGACUUCAAGUUCAUCUACGAGGAGUCACUGCUCCUCCAUGAUCUCUUGAUCACCACGGACGACAGCAUUGCCGAUCAUCGAAUGGACUUUGUGCAGUACAUCUAUAACGCUAUUCAGGAGCACGACGCUGCAAUUGUCACACGACUCGAUCGCCAGGGUCGCACCGUGUUGCAUUAUGCCGUGCUCCGAAAUUGGGACGUCGACGACGUUGCGUGGGCCGUAAGCAUCUACCCUGGUGCGGUAGACGUGCAAGAUUGCGACGGGUUUUCGCCAUUGACGUAUGCGACCCUGUACGGCCGUCGCGACGAAUCGAUCCUCCAAAUCGCGGUACCGCUUAUGCGUCAGGUCCAAGCUAAGGCCACUCGCAUGAUGGAAGAUAGAAACUAUGAAGGAAGCAAGCGCGUGUUCGUCAAGGCAAGUCGAGACUUUUUGUCAGGCGUGCCGCACUUUGAUCAAGCUUUCGUCGAAGAAACGGCCGUCACCCUCGACGCCACAACUGCGUCUGAGCAAAUUGACGCCAUGUGGAUAGAGUUUCUUGCUGUGUGGGGUCAUUUUGACCCACCGGAAAUCGUGGUGGAUUUGCCGGCCAAGUGGCGCGUCACGUUAGGCACCCGCGUAGUCUACACGAUUGAGGUCAAAGGCGAGCCGCUGACGUACCAGUGGUUCUGCGACGGAAGGCCGUUGGAAGGAUUCACAACAGACACGCUUGACGUCACGGGCAGUGCCGUGGCGGAAGAUGCAGGCGCUUACUUUUGUCGGCUCACCAACUGGCGAGGCUCCGUCGACUCGACUACAUCCGUGCUCAUCGUCCUGGACGAUACAGUUGUUGUGGACCCAUCUACCCGAUACUAUCGCACCCUUCCACUGCACCCUCAGGACGUUUUGUUCAACGUAAAUGCGGCCGUCGGAGGCGUGCUUGACGUCAACCACGUGCAAUUGUUUAUCCCACCACGAAGCUUUGAAGUAUGGGACUUGUUUGACGCCAACCUGGCCGACACAAGAGGCAUGGACGUCGUGAUUCGAACGGAGCUGGAGCCUGUGCUGCCACCAAUUCCAUCACUGGGCGACGGCAAUCAAGUAGGCGGUUGGCAGGUUGUGAGUCCUCUUGUGGUUGUGACGCCUCACCCCCUCGAUCCAUUUCAAAUCCCGUGGACUCUUCGACUGCCCCACCACGCAGCACAAAUCCAGACGACCAAUUCGGACAACCAAGAAUUUUCGUCGCACGUGACGGUUUUGCAGUGCAUCAAGGACGUCGACAGCGUUCAAACUUUGCACGUCAUCCCGCCACGGCAACUCCGGGUCCAUCCGACUCAUGUGGAUAUCGACUUGGUGGCGCUUGGGACGUUUGUUGUUGUCCAGAAAGAGUCGCGGCCUGUUCGGAUGUCUGUGGUCAUGUUUGCCAGAUCGGACCAGUUGACCGUCGACACGAGUCACGUCCAGUUGGUCGUGUGGAGCUGCCCAACACGGCAAGACUGCCUGGAUCUCGUCAUGGCAUCUAGUUUGUCGCUUGAUGGCCCGGACAACCCCUUGUUGCACGUUGGCACAUUUCCAAUUGUCCUUCCGGCGUCGUCUGCAGCCAUUGUCAACGUGGUUUCAGCAUCAGGCGACGUGCUGCUUGAAAUGAUGCUUUGUGGCAAAACUCCUCGUCGUCACGGUGGUGUCGUCGUUCCGUUGGGGGACACGAUGCCGUGGACAUCACGGGGAAUAGCCAUGGCCUGCCCCCACCUUGUCCUUUGCGUGAUGAACGGUGGUUCGUACAAUGUGGACUUGGUCGUUCCAUUGAAAUGCCACGCAAACCGACCCGUGGCAGGGGCGAAAGUCCUCCAGCAUACGCCCAACGGUGUUGACGUUGCGUGGGCCGUUAAGUCAGCAACAUGCAAGGCGAACCCUCCGCCGUACUUUGUCGUGGAAAUGGCAGCGUUUUCCGAUACGUUCUGGCGUCGAUACAACGCGAUUUGGUGGUUUGAACGAGCCAAUGUGUCAGUCGUGCAUCGCAUGUACAAGGUAGCUCACAUGGGCGCCCAUGCCACUCAAAUCCACAUCGCCACCGAUGUGCACGCUGCGUCCCUGCGCAUAGCUGUAUGCAAUCUCGAUUCAUUCGGCGAGUACUCGGGCAACGUCCUUGUCACGCCAGAAUCCGUGGAAGUCGACUACGACGACGAGGGCGAUGUCACAAGCUUGAGCGAGCAACGAGAAAAACGCAACGAGGAUUUUGUCACAUUAAACGGGCUAUCGCAGACGUGGCAUGACAGCCAUCAGCACGUGUUUGAUGUCGCAGCGCAAGUUUACUCGUCGCCUUCACUUUUCCGCGCCUUGUACGGCAUUCCUUUGACCAGGGACGCGAUCGUUGCCAUGCUCGAAUCCAAGAAGCAGUCGCAUCGAGCAGCACAUGAAGACAUUUCGCUGCUUCUUGUGGGCCUCGACGCUCUCGCGACUGCAGCAGCGUCGACCGUGCAUUUUCACCGGUCUGUAUGCAUGCACUUUUGCAAAUGCUUGUCCCUCGCAGCUCGCGUGACUCCUGCGCUCGAUCUCGACCACUCCGCCGCCGCCCACGGUGUUGUACGAGCAAUGCACCACGCUGUCCAAGCAAUGUUUCAGUUAUUGCAGACGGUUGCUGCACCGGGGUGGUUUGGCAGGUGUGGUGUAGUCGACUUGAAUCGCGAGUGCUAACGAUGGCCUCUGGCUCAGGUUCCUCGUAGCCAGCUCGAUGGCUCUGCAGAGCUCCUUCGUCGACGUGCUUGAGGCGCUGGUCAUGAAAUGUCGGGACCACCCAGUGUUUGAUCGCGACCUGGGGCACGGCUUGUUGCUGCAUUGGGAAAACCAGCGACACCACGGCGUAGCUGCGGCAGUAAUGGAUGGGGACGAGUUGAAACAGCUUCACGCAUGGAGUGUGGCUCUGCACGCCCGACAGGACCAAGCGUUGUCGCUGGCGUACUUCACCAAGAGCUUCCAUGCGGAUAUGCUGGACGAAAUCACACAGGACCGAGUGGCGCAAGCCCACGUCGAUGUUGAGAAACACAACACGCUGAAGACGCGAUUGAUUUAUGUAUCGCCACGGCCGGAUGAGGUUGUCACGAACGCCGCAACUGUUGAAGUGCGUUUCGACGGAACCGUCGUCGACGUGGACUGUCUGCGCUUCAUCACGGUCAAGAACGCGUCCCUGAAGGUUCGUGUGAACGGGAACGUCGCAUACGACAAAGUAACGAGGACUGCGGUGUUUGUACCGACGGUGGCGCUCGAAGCAAGGUCGACCUUCAAAGUCAAGCUCCGCGCAGAUGCCGUGACGACAUGGUAUGGUCCAACGUCGACCACAAUGAAGCACUCGUUCACAACCAAGCCAAUGUGACGCAUAACAAGAACAUAACAACUCCAUUGUUUUUCCUUUCCCUCUGUCCACAUGCAGCCAUCGCCAUGUCAAUGGCGCACACACACACACAGAUGUCGAUUCUCCCAUGACGUCCA